UAAACAAAAACAUUGGAUCGCGAUAAAAUUUCCGAGUGAUGCGAGCGAUCGAAUUUUGUGAAUACCUAAUUUGAUUUACGUAAAAUUUAUUUUUAAAUGGUUUUCGGUCACAUUUUCCUGAUGAUAUCAAGUAUCCCAUCCAAGUUCGGUGUCCCAAAUCUAAACGUCGGGUAGUGGCAAUGAUUGGUGCGAUAUUGAUUGAAGUGUUCGUGAUUGUUUUCGGGAGUUCGUCGGAAAAACCUUGAUGGUUAUCGAUUUGAGUUAUUGUUCGUAAUACCCGUUUUUCGUAACUAACCGUGUUUCUGUUGGUUUUGUUUCAUUACGACGGCGACUAUUGCUGCAACCAAAUAUAACAAGCUAGUUUUGUAGUGAACGAUAAAUUCAAAAAUACACAUUGCACCUUAUCCUGCUGGAAACAGCUUACGGAAAUGGCGUUCCGGGAUUGGAGAAUCGUCCGGAUUCUCACGGGAAUAGCAAUGCGGAUAUGGGCAGCUAGUGGAGCAGCCUUGCUAGCCGCUUUUAUUAUGUACAUAGUUUAUGGAGGGUUCUUUGCUUUCCUGUUGUUGUUGUUUGCUGUUUCCGGAAUUCUUUACCACGCACAAGACAACCUUCUGUUUCAUCCUGAUUUGCCAGCCAACUCCCGUAUCUUCGUUCCGGUUCCAUCGAUGCACGGCUUACCUUACGAAACGAUUCAUGUUAAAACGAGGGAUGGCGUUACACUUCACUGUUUCUGGGUGCGCCAUCCUGGGGACAAGGGUCGAUACGUUCCGACAAUUAUGUAUUUCCAUGGCAAUGCAGGCAACAUGGGCCACCGAUUGCAAAAUGCCAGUGGUUUCUUUCACACGUUGCAGUGCAAUGUGUUGAUGGUGGAAUAUCGUGGCUACGGCCUAUCCGAUGGAACUCCCAGUGAAAAAGGGUUCUUCAAUGACGCCCGUGUAGUUCUGGACCAUUUGCUUGGUCGUCACGACCUCGACCAUAGCCAAAUUAUUGCCUUCGGAAGAUCACUAGGUGGAGCCGUCUCGAUCGAUCUGGCCGCUGAUGCCGUUUACGGUACCAAGCUCAUGGGAGUGAUUGUAGAAAACACUUUCACAAGCAUUCCGGACAUGGCAGUAGAAUUAAUCCAUCCGAGCGUGCGUUAUCUGCCACUGUUUUGUUAUCGUAACAAGUUUCUCUCGGUGCAUAAGAUUCAGUUCAUCUCGGCACCGAUUCUUUUUGUAUCCGGCCUAGCAGAUACUUUAGUGCCUCCGAGGAUGAUGUCGAUGUUACACACUCGCUGCGGCAGUACCCGGAAAAAUUUGCUGCAAGUAGUCGGAGGAUCCCACAAUGACACGUGGGCUGUUAGCGGGUGA